AAAAAGAGGUAAUAAUAAUAAGAAGAAAAGCUUUUAACCGUCGGGCCUACGAUUCAGAAAGGAGAGAAAGAGGCGAAGAGGGUUAGAAGCUGCUCAGCAGAUCGUGAAUUCGGCGGAAAUUUCCCCAAAUUGCUUCAAAAGCGUAGGCGUGGAUGGAGGUACAGACAUGUGGGAAAUCCAUUGACUCAUUGCUCGAGAAGGUGCUUUGUAUGAACGUUCUAUCUUCCGACUACUUCAAGGAACUUUACCGGUUAAAGACGUACCAUGAAGUCAUUGAUGAAAUUUACAACCAAGUAGACCAUGUCGAGCCGUGGAUGACCGGGAAUUGCCGCGGCCCGUCAACUGCCUUCUGUCUGCUGUACAAGUUCUUCACCAUGAAGCUCACCAUUAAGCAAAUGCACGGUCUUUUAAAGCACGAGGAUUCGCCCUACAUAAGAGCGGUGGGUUUCCUCUACUUGAGAUAUGCUGCAGACCCAAAGACUUUGUGGAAUUGGGUUGAACCCUAUAUUAAAGAUGACGAGGAAUUUUCUCCUGGUUCCAAUGGACGGAUGACAACUAUGGGUGUAUACGUGCGUGAUUUGCUGCUUGGGCAGUACUAUUUUGAUACCCUUUUCCCCCGCAUCCCUGUUCCUGUUAUGCGGCAGAUUGUAGCUAAUCUUGAGAAGAUGAAACUCCCCACCAAACUAUCUGGUAUUACUGGAGAGGCUACCCGCCAUGGAUCUGAUGACACAGCUCGUCGCCCACCUUCUGUGAAAGCUGCUCUUUCAGUUUCCUUUGGUCAACGUGCUCCACAUCGUGCUUCAACAAGGGACUCCUCACCUGUUCGUCGCACCUUACCACCACCACCUUAUGAUAAAGCCAGUAGUGAUGAUCAAAGGACCCGUUGCAGUCAGAGCCGUGAAUAUUCUGACAGAGAAUAUUCAGACAGGGACAGAGGAAGGGACCGUGAUCGCAAUCGGGAUCGAGAAAGAUACAAGGAAUGGGAGCGGGACCGAGACAGAGACAGAGCGAGAGAUAGAGUUAGGGAUAAGGAAAGGGAGCGAGAGAGGGAUAGAGAACGAAGUUCUGAUUAUGAUCGGAGGUCCAGAUAUGGAGAGAGAGAAAGUCGAAGGGAUCCAUAUGAGAGUAGCCGUGAUGGCGGUAGGCAUUCUCAUAGGAGUAGGAGUCGGAGCCGCAGUAGAAGCAGGAGUCGAAGUCGGAGUUUGCAAGCGGGCACUACACUUCAUUCGAGCCCACAGAGAGAUGUAAACAAGGAUAGAACAUCUGCAUCUAGCAACCUGGCAAUACUUAGGGAUCUUUAUGGGGAUAUCAGUAAUCAAAAAGGCGAUGCUAGCUUGGAUAGGAUUCCCAGGGGAGAUAAUGGUGGUGAAGAGGUGAUUAGACUUGGUGGUUCUCGUUGGAAAUAGAACGAGUAGGAUUGUCUCUCCUCUCUGUUAUCAGAUGUGUCAUUUGAGUCUUCUGGCCGGAACUGAUUCGAUCACCAUGAGAAGGCAGAAAAUCUACCCAUGUGUUGCCCUUCGUUGCAGCAUGCUCAUGUCACAAUGCUCCAUGUAUACUAGACAUUAUUCAGAAUUUCAAUCUUACAAUUGAUCCUCAUGAUUCGGUUGUCGGGCGCAAUGUUAACUGUGUAACAGCAUGUAAUAACGCAAAAUUUUCUCUA